AUUCCCCCAUUACCAAUUCUCCAAACAAACUCAAUCAAAUAUCUCCAUUCUUCAAAGAGUCAAAUUCCACAUCUGAAAAACCAAGAUGGGUUUCUCCAUAACCUCAACCCCAUCAACCUCAAUGACCCGAUCCCAUUACCACACUCACAAGCUCUUCCUCUACACAAACUACAUUCUCCUCGGCGCUGCCUCGAGCUGCAUUUUCCUUACUCUCUCCCUCCGUCUCCUCCCUUCUCUCUGCGGCCUCUCCCUCAUCUUCCUCCACAUCCUCACCAUUGCUGCUGCCGUCUCCGGCUGUGCCAUGGCUGCCGCUUCCUCGACUCGAUGGUUCGGUGUCCACAUGGUGUUCACUGUCUUGACAGCGAUAUUCCAAGGAUCGGUGGCAAUGCUUGUGUACACAAGAACAGGGGAUUUUCUGUUGGAGUUGAAAUCUUAUGUUAGAGAAGAAGAUGGGGCUGUGAUAUUGAAAUUGGCUGGUGGAUUGAGUGUGGUUAUGUUUGUAUUGGAAUGGGUUGUUCUUACUUUGGCAUUCUUUUUGAGGUAUUAUGCUUUUGUGGAAGGUGAUGGGAGUAAUAACAAUGGUGCGGCUAUGAGAAGUGCUAAAGUUCAACAGGAUGAGGAUUUGAAAGAUUGGCCAUGGCCUUUUCAAGUUUAAUUAAUGUUUUUUUUUUUCUUUUUAGUGUAAUUGGUUGAAUCGAUUUGUUAUUCUUUGUUGGGAACUAUAUGAUGUUGUGUAUUUUUGUGUUGGUUUAUUUAUUGUAGUGGGGUUUGACAGAAAAUGUGGAAAUUUCUUAAGUGAAAUGUUGGAGAAUUUAAUCUAAUAUUAUGAUGAUGAUGCUCUGUUCUUUU